CCACAUCCCUCCCCUCCUCUCUCUUCUGCCAAGAAACCUCUGUCACCUGCUCACAGACAACCGGGGCGAGUGGCACGGGGACGAAAGGGCAGUGCAGAGGUGGAAGCAGCGGGACCCCAGGUCGGGGCUCCAGGUGGUCUCUCUCCUCCAUCCCUGGGGCACCAGUGAAGCAGAGGAGCUGGGCUGCCGGAGAAUGGCAACAGGAUUGCACUAGGAGGGCACGGCUAUCUGGGACAGGAGCGAGAGGAGCCAAGGGGACCACUGGGGAUACGAGGUGCUGCUCAGCAUCGCUGCCCAUCCUGUGAAGCAACAUGAGUCUCAAAGGAUCCGUCAGCAGCAGCACUGGCUCAACAAAUGGCAGCAUGGGCAAAGCGGACGGAGCCUCCAAGCUGAGUGCAAAGGACCUGUAUGAACAAAGGAAAAAAUAUUCCAAUUCCAAUAUCAUUAUGCACGAGACUUCACAGUACCAUGUACAGCACUUGGCCACCUUCAUCAUGGACAAGAGUGAAUCCAUCGUGACAGUGGAUGAUGCCAUCCGAAAACUCCUAUUGCUCAACUCCAAGGAGAAAAUUUGGACACAGGAGAUGCUGCUGCAAGUGAAUGACAAGUCCAUCCGCCUGCUAGACUGCGAGUCACAGGAAGAGCUGGAGGACUUCCCACUGCCGACUGUCCAGCACUGCCAGACGGUGCUCAACCAGAUGCGCUAUUCCUCCAUCCUCCUCCUGGUGUGCCAGGAUUCAGAACAGCACAAACCUGACAUCCACUUCUUCAACUGCGAUGAGGUGGAGGCGGAGAUGGUUCACGAAGACAUAGAAAGUGCCCUGGCAGACCACAAGCAUGGGAAGAAAAUACGACCACAGACGCUCAAGGCAAAUCAAGAGAAGAUCAAGCAGAGACAGUCUAUCCUCCCACCACCACAAGGGCCAGCCCCCAUCCCGAUUCAGCACGACAUGCGAGGCCAAGCCAUGAACAGGAACCGGGUGGCACCCCCUGCCCAGUAUGAACCAGACUAUGAGCGCCGAGGCUCUGCCUCCCAGGACCAUGAAGAAUCCCGCGCCAUCUUAGCACAGAAGAUCGAAAAAGAAACGCAAAUCCUGAACUGCACUCUGGAUGACAUUGAAGUCUUUGUUGCCAGGCUUCAGAAGGCUGCAGAGGCAUUCAAACAGCUCAACCAAAGGAAGAAAGGGAAGAAGAACAAGAAGAAAGGCCCAGCAGAGGGAAUGCUGACUCUUCGAGCAAGACCCCCAAGCGAGGCUGAGUUCAUCGACUGCUUCCAGAAAACCAAACUGGCUUUUAACCUCUUGGCCAAACUGAGAAAGCACAUUCAGAACCCAAGCGCUUCAGAGUUGGUGCAUUUCCUAUUUGGGCCACUGGAACUGAUCAUCAAUAGCUGUGGUGGCCCUGAGCUUGCCAGGUCUGUCAUCAGUCCACUUCUUUCUAAAGAUGCCACAGAUUUUCUCAAAGGACACCUGACACCAAAAGAGAUAAGCCUAUGGGAUUCCCUGGGAGAGGCAUGGACCAGAUCCAGGGCUGAAUGGCCCCGAGAAGCAAACAUUCCUACCUACAUCCCCAAAUUCCGCAAUGGUUGGGAACCACCCAUAGAAAUCUUCCGCGGAGCUCCCUGGGAAAUAGACAUUGGGCACUUGCAAGAAGAGCUAUCAUCAGCCAAUGGAUAUCCGUACCGUAACUCCUCGCUCAAGCGUGGCCAGGCAGCUGAUCAGACACAAGCUGUGGAUGCCUUUAAACAGAACGUAACUCAGCAUGUAAAUAGGAAUUUUGAGGCGCAAGGAAUGGCCCAGCCGAGGAGAUAUGCCAAAAUCCGCUACGAUUUCACAGCACGAAAUGCCAAUGAACUCUCAGUGCUGAAGGAUGAAAUUCUGGAGGUGCUGGAAGACAAUAAGCAGUGGUGGAAGUUGCUCAACCGGAGCGGGCAGGCUGGUUACGUCCCUUAUAACAUCCUGGAUGUGGUGAAACUGGAGGAGCUCGAACAGGCUAACCAGAGGUACAAAGGAGACCCGAGUCCCAGAGGAUAUGGGCCAUCCAGCCCAACUCACAAGCUGCCUGCCAGCUACGCUGGGGAUAAAUGGGGAAGUGAAAUGUUGUCACGUAACUCUCCCCAGGAUGCCAAAGAACAACUUCUGCAUCAAAUGGACGAGGUGAAUGAUGAGUUGCUAAAGAAGAUCACAAACAGUAAAAUUCAGCCUCCCCAGAGGAAUUUCAGAGUGGAGAAGCCUCAGGAAGUUUUUGUGCCCCUCACCUUUGAAUCCAGUGCUGAAGAAGUCAAAGCGUGGCUGGAGGCAAAGUCAUUCAGCAAAGGGACGGUGGAACACCUUGGCAUCCUUACUGGAGCGCAGCUUUUCUCCCUGAACAGAGAGGAGCUGAAAAAAGUGUGUGGUGAUGAGGGUAACCGAGUGUACAGUAAAAUCACGGUGGAAAAAAACCAGCUGGAGAAAAACAGAGGAGAGACAGAGCUCCAAGAAAUUAUGAAGCGUCGCCAGGAGAGGAUUGAUUCUGCUAAUUAAAAUCUAUCUGCUUUCUUUCAGCUAUUAGUUGUAGUAAUGCAGAAAAAGGGAAUUAAAGCAAUGAUCCCCAGUCUAGACAAGAGACAGCAGUGCUCCACAGUUAGCAGUGUAAUUGCCAUCAAAGGGACAAUUCCUCAAACACUGUUGAUAAGGAUAGACACUAAGACCAAAUCCCGUUGGGAAAGGUGUUUUAAUGUUGCAUGAAGUUUUUAUAUAUAUAUAUAUGUAUAUCUAUAUCUAUAUAUUUUAUACUGAAAUUGUAUGUGCAUGUGAUCAGAACAGAUGAGGAUUCACACGGGUAUGAAUGUAUGACAAUGGCUGGAUUCAAGAAAACAAAACAAAACAGAGCUUUUGAAGCAGGGUUGUCUGUGCUCCCAGUCCCCUUGGGAGCAGAGGGCACAGCACCUGGCACAGAACAAGUCAGCCUGAAUGCUUAGAGGAGUUUGGGCCACAGAAAUAGUUCCUUUCCCCCACUUUCCUGUCCUUCUCGGUGGCACACACCCCCUGCAGCCCACCAGCAAGGGCUCAGUGUUAGCUCCCAGUCCUUUAUGUCCUCACAUGCCCUCUCGUUGGACCAGGUUAGAAUUGCAACACGCCUUACCUAAGACUGGGCUGCUUCCUUAAAUACCCGUACCCCUGAGUGCUGCCUUCCAGCAGUGGAAAUGGGCUUUGAAGGGAUUUGAAUCUGCAAAUAGGUGAGCUCAGCCUGAUCAUCCCUGCUUACCAGAGGCUGGGGCUCUCAGCCCUUCACCUUGGCACUGAUCCUGGGCCAGAAAGCUGCAGCGUUGCCAAAGCCAGGCCUCAAAUAAGGAGAAGAUAAGCCCCUGCUGCUUGCUCACACCCAAAGCCAUUCCCAGGGUGGUCACCACUCACCUUCACCUUCAUGUUUUCAUUGCAGAGAGUAAUCUGAGAUGUUUCCUAAUAAGGAAUGGCUGUUUUAGUAUCAGUAAAAAUCAGUAAAAUCAGGAAAAGAAAAGAAAGAACUCUGAUUUAGUAGAUGCUGCUGUUCUUCAAUUCUUCUUUCUCUUAUUAAUGUUAUGUGCAUAUAUAUGCAUCUUUCUAGUGAAAUGUUCCCUCACUCCUACAAUCUACAAAUAGGGAUGAGGGAAAAAAUCCCUUUUCCUAGAUAUAAUCAAGUGAUUGUGCAUCAGUAACUUACUCAAGGUUUUAAAAGCUCAAACAAGCAUAUAACAGAUUUCCUGCCCUCAGCAAGGUGAACUCACCGUAUUCAUAUCUGUAUUUUACUGACAGACAAUCUUGCAAAGAAUGCACUAAAACAAGUAUGAUGGGGAAUGCCUUGCCUUUCUCACUCACACUAACUGGCUGGAUGGGUUCAGGCCCAGACAGCACAGAGCCCCAUUCGCAUGCUCUCCUUUAGGUGCUGUGGAUGGUCUCACUUCCUCCACAGAGCACAACCACCCCCUGAAAGGUGAAUGCCUUGGCAUGGUUUGGGCCCGUGCUUGCUCAUGUAGUGGAAAAAAGCCAUGCAGGUGGCUGGGGGACAGAUGACUCAAUGUGAGAAUACCAAUGACUUUGGCUUAGAUCUUCCAAAAAUGUUCCCAAUGGAUUAUUUGUUUUCUUCGUCUUUGAAUUGGACGUUGUUAGCAUCGGCAGAACCGGGGUGCAGGCAGGGAGCUUCAAGGCUUCUGAAAAGGCUGGAAUUUGCAAAGGGAGCGAUGAAGAGAACAAUCCUCCUGAGAAGCCCGGGCUUUGGAUUUGGUGGAGAUGAGAAGCAGGAGUGAACACUGGCGAGCCAUUGGCAGUACAAGCACAGGAGGCCAAUCAACUCUGCAAUUAAAAGUGAGCAGUGAGCUUGGGAACACAGCACCAUUCUUGUGUUUGUGUAUGAGGUUGCACAGAAUCAGCAGAAUUACAGUUACUUGGGAUUGGAAUGGAAGCGUAUGCACCAGCUGGUAGCUACGGGAGCAUUUCUUUCAAUAAAAGUGUCUGUAAGCCUCACUGGGGGUCACUUUUAGAACUUCCCACGUGACUGAGCGGUGCACCUGCUCUAUUUGUACUGCCUGCAAAUAAUGCUGUAAUGCACUGUACAUUGAACGAAGGAGAAAAUAAUAUAACCAUGCACUGUAUAAGAUUUAUUAAAAUAGUUAAGUUAUAACUUCA